GGACGACAACCUACCUACAUUAACAGCGCCCGCUCCAUUUGAAAAUUUGGAAUGGGAUGGACACGAUGUUGGUAGUGCACCGGUAGAUGUUGACGAUGUUGAACUUUUGAGCGGGAAAGAAGUGAAAAAGAGAAAACGGUCUCGUUCAAAGUACCAAUGCUCACCAUAUGUUGAACCGAUUGUCUCAAUUCUGCCUGCUCUGUUUCACCCAACUGUUGCAGAUAUUGCAUCUCUGAAGGCUUGGAUAGAAGAAGCUGACAAUGUUGAACCGUCAACGGUUGUUCUGAAUCUGCCAUCAUGUGAUGAAGUGGACAGGGACUUUUUCCGUAAGCUUGUUGAACCAGACGAGACAUUAUGGUCCUAUCAUAUGGAUGCUCUUUCGUACCUGGUUCUAAAAGAUUGUAAGUCGGAGAAGCCGUAUAAGCUAAUGAAUCCUUACUUUACGCAUCAAGUCUUGAGUAAGGAUGAUAAGGAUGAGGAUGUUUGGUUUGCUGAUAGGUGUCUACCAAGUGUUGACUGGAGAGGGUUGGAAAAAGUGUUCGUACCGCUAAAUGUUGUAGGUAUGCAUUGGGUUUUAGCGGAAAUUGACCUUCAAUCAAAAGUGGUGCGUGUGUAUGACUCAAUGAAAACAAGUAGGUCAAGGUUGCAUGCCUCAAAGUUAUGCGUGAGACUUCCGCUCCUCUUCCGAGUCAUACAAGUCCACCCAGAUGUGCGUGAGGCAAAGCAAUGGAAUUCUGAGGCAGUGGCAGAUGUACCGCAACAGGAGGGAGGAACUGUUUGUGGACUCAUGGUAAUUUCUUAUACGGAGGCACUGAUGUUGGGACUACCCUUGAGCCCACAUUGCGAGUAUGCGAACGUGGCCAGAAAGAGAUGGCACUUUGCCCUGCGACUUUGGAAUUUGAGGAAGACAGUUUCUUAGAUACAUGCACUUUUCUAUUUUUUGCUCACAUCCAAAUGUAUAAUUUUUUGCUCAUGUAAAAACAUUGGUACGGCCAUGAUGAUGACGGUUCCCAUGUAACAAACAUUAAAUACCUGUUUUGUAUAUUUUGGUAAGCUUUUGGAAAGAAAUGUAUGAUAAUGUACACUGUUGUACUGUAAUCAACCUUGUACAGUAUCCUACAAGGUUAUUCCCAAGAGGGUUCAAAUGAAUCG